AAAAAACUACCAAAAGUCCAAAACCCAAAACCUCCACUUUUAUUCCUUAAAGAACAAAAAAGAUAACAUACUCCUAACCUCAAAACCUCCUAUAGUGAGAGAGAUAAUACACUUCCUUGGUUGCUUAGCUUCUUCUCCACCACCACACAAAAUGCUGACUACCGUGCACCACCACCACCACAAAUUCCUCCUCCUCCACCGCUCACCUUCCUUCAUUCUCUCUCCUAAAUGUCUAUCUUCUUUCUCCCAAACACAACAUGAAGCACAACCCACUUCAUUUUCUUCAAAACCCACCUCUCAAAUCCUCUCAAUCCGCCAUUCCCUCCUCACCCGCCAACUCACCGCCGUAGAAAUCGCCGAGUCUUACUUGACUCGGCUCCGAAUAGCCGAACCAAAACUGAGGAGCUUCUUGCAUGUUGCUGAUGAGGAGAGCGUUUUAAGGGAUGCUCAGGAGGUUGAUAGGAAGAUUGACAGAAAUGAAGAUGUGGGUUUGUUGGCUGGAGUUUUGGUGGGUGUUAAAGAUAAUAUUUGUACUGCUAAUAUGCCCUCCACCGCCGGUUCCAGGAUUCUCCAAGGGUAUCGCCCGCCUUUCGAUGCGACCGCUGUUAAGAAGGUGAUGGAAUUGGGAGGGAUUGUUGUUGGGAAGACUAAUUUGGAUGAGUUUGGGAUGGGUAGUACUACUGAAGGGUCUGCUUUUCAGGUGACUGCAAAUCCUUGGGAUGAGUCGUGUGUACCAGGUGGAUCAUCUGGCGGCUCAGCUGCAGCCGUUUCCGCAAGGCAAUGUGUGGUGUCUCUCGGCAGUGACACAGGUGGAAGUGUGAGACAGCCAGCUUCAUUUUGCGGUGUUGUGGGAUUGAAGCCAACAUAUGGACGUGUCUCAAGAUAUGGACUUGUGGCUUAUGCAUCAUCAUUAGAUGUCAUAGGGUGCUUUGGUACAUCAGUUGCUGAUGCAGGGAUCCUUCUUCAUGCAAUUGCUGGACAUGACAGAUUUGAUUCUACUAGCAGCAUGCGAGAAGUUCCAGAAUUCGCGUCACAAUUCACUUCCUUGGAUAUCUUAGAGUCUAAACCACUUGAAGGACUCAGAGUUGGUAUCAUUCGUGAGACCCUUGAAGAUGGUGUUGAUGAAAAUGUUGUAUCUUCAAUUCGUGCUGCAGCUUCACAUCUGGAAAACCUCGGCUGUUUGGUGACAGAAGUGUCACUCCCUUCUUUUUCCCUAGGGCUUCCGGCAUAUUAUGUACUUGCUUCCUCAGAAUCUUCAUCCAACUUAUCACGUUAUGAUGGUGUUAGGUAUGGAAAUCAGGUAGUUGCUGACGAGCUAACUUUCCUAUAUAAAGAUUCCCGAGCGAGAGGUUUUGGUCCCGAGGUAAAAAGGAGAAUUUUAAUGGGAACAUAUGCCCUUUCUGCCGGUUACUAUGAUGCGUACUAUAAACGUGCUCAACAGGUGAGAACUGUGGUUCGAGAAAGCUUCAAAGCUGCACUGGAUGAAAAUGAUAUUCUUAUUUCACCUGCUGCUCCCUCUGCUGCUUAUAAAAUUGGUGAAAAGAAGAAUGAUCCAUUGGCAAUGUAUGCAGGUGAUAUAAUGACGGUCAAUGUCAACUUGGCUGGUUUGCCAGCAUUAGUGCUGCCAUGUGGUUUUGCUGAAGGUGGAUCUGCCGGUCUCCCUGUUGGUCUACAGAUGAUAGGUGCUGCAUUUGAUGAGGAGAAACUGCUUAGGAUUGGACACAUCUUUGAGCAAACACUCGAAGGUCACAGUUUUGUCCCCCCAAUGGUGGCAAAUGAUUUUGCAUCAUAACUUGUAAUCGUGCAUUUCAAGAGAGGCGUAAUCAUGUACGUUUUGCCGCAUUUCGAGGAUGUCUUGUGGACAGUUUGACUUUAGAAACUCUCAAGAGCAAGCGCCUAGUUCGUAAUAGAUGGAAUGGCGGAAGUUUUGAUGCGUUAACUGAGUAUUUACAUGUAAAGACUGACUUGCUUAUCCCUGGUUGAUGCGUUGCUCUUCUCAUAUAUGAUGGCUGCAUUUGCCAUUUGGUCAUGAUUCAUGAAUGAAGCUAUUCUUUGUCUAAGUAUGGGUGUUGUAUGAUUUUUCUUUUAAGACUAUGUAUUAUUUGUCUGACAGCAAUGCUGAUUACUUAAUGAAAUUAUUUUUUUUA